UUCACAUACUUUGUUCACUUUUUAAGAUAUGGAUCAAAAUCCCUACAAACUUUUCUUUGUGGCCUUGUUUUGCCUCCUGAUCCUAAGUCCUCCUGUAUCCUGCCAACUUGAUUAUAAAUUCUAUGAUUCCACUUGUCCCAAUCUGACAUAUAUUGUUCGAAAAACUGUCUGGUCAGCCAUUGCAAAUGAUACUAGGAUUGCAGCCUCACUCUUGCGGCUUCACUUCCACGAUUGUUUUGUUAAUGGAUGUGAUGGAUCAUUGUUACUUGAUGAUACCACCACAUUUACGGGGGAGAAAAAUGCAUCGCCUAACAAAGAUUCAGCUAGAGGCUUUGAGGUUAUCGACACAAUCAAGGCUACUUUGGAGAAAGCUUGCCCAUCCACAGUUUCUUGUGCUGAUAUACUAACUCUUGUAGCAAGAGAAGCUGUUUAUCUAGCUGGAGGUCAAUAUUUUUUUUGGGCUGUACCCUUGGGUCGCCGAGAUGGCACAACAGCGAGUCAGAGUGCAGCUAAUGAUCAGUUGCCAAGCCCUUUUGAGCCAUUAGAAAAUAUCACCGCAAAAUUUACUUCAAAGGGUCUGGAUAUAAAGGAUUUAGUGCUGCUAUCAGGUGCGCACACUAUUGGUUUUGCUCAAUGCUUUACAUUCAAGCCAAGGCUUUUCGACUUUGCCAAGUCUGGUAAACCUGAUCCAACCCUUGAUGGAUCCCUCCUACAAAAGUUGCAGAGCGUGUGCCCAAACCAAGCUGAUUCUGACACAAAAUUAGCUCCCUUGGAUCCAGUCACUUCGGACAAAUUUGAUAAUAGCUAUUACACAAACCUUGUGAGCAACUCAGGGCUACUUCAGUCAGAUCAAGCUCUUAUGGGGAACAAUAAAACUGCUUCACUGGUCACUUACUACAGCAAAUUCUCUUACUCUUUCUCCCGGGAUUUUGGAGCAUCAAUGGUGAAGAUGGCCAACAUAGGUGUACUUACUGGACAAACUGGAGAGAUUAGGAAGAACUGUAGGGUGGUGAACUAAAAACCUUUGUAAUUGUAUGUGAUAUGGAUGGUCUUCAAAAGCGUUGAAAGGCUGUAACUAGUACGUAGAAAAUGCUGGUCUGUAAGCUACCUUUGAUAAAUGUUGAAAGGAAUAACUCUGGUUGUAUUAAUAGCAUCAGAUGGUUACACUUAA